ACCGCGCGGCCUAUACCUGCGCGUUAAGAGGUGGCGGUGGAGGCUCGGAGGCAGCGACGCGGACCUCCGACAUGAAGUCGAGGGCGGUGGGUCCCGGGCGGCGGCUGCUGCUGCUGCUGCUGCUGGUGCUCCGAGCGGCGUACGUGCGCGGGGCCCCGCGUCCGCGCCGCUACACCCCGGACUGGCGGAGUCUGGACGCCCGGCCGCUCCCGGACUGGUUCGACAAGGCCAAGUUCGGGGUGUUCGUUCACUGGGGCGUGUUCUCGGUGCCGGCCUGGGGCAGCGAGUGGUUCUGGUGGCACUGGAAGGGCGAGGGGCUGCCGCAGUACGAGCAGUUCAUGAGCGACAACUACCCGCCCGGCUUCAGCUACGCCGACUUCGGGCCGCAGUUCACGGCGCGCUUCUUCCACCCGGAAGCCUGGGCCGACCUUUUCCAGGCGGCCGGGGCCAAGUAUGUAGUCCUAACGACAAAGCACCACGAAGGCUUCACAAACUGGCCAAGCCCUGUAUCUUGGAACUGGAACUCUAAGGAUGUGGGUCCCCAUCGUGAUUUGGUGGGUGAGUUGGGAAAAGCCCUCCGGAAGAGGAACAUACGUUACGGACUCUAUCACUCACUUUUAGAAUGGUUCCACCCACUCUACCUACUUGAUAAGAAAAAUGGCUUCAAAACACAGUAUUUUGUCCGUGCAAAAACAAUGCCAGAGCUAUAUGACCUUGUUAACAGGUCGAUGCCUAGGGCGUUAUGCUGGGCUUGGCAGUCGUCACUAGGAUUUCAUUGUUUCUUUUCUCUCCAGGAACUGGUUCAGACCGUGAGCUUGGGAGGCAACUACCUUCUCAAUAUUGGACCAACUAAAGAUGGACUGAUUGUUCCCAUCUUCCAAGAAAGACUUCUUGCUGUUGGGAAGUGGCUGAACAUCAAUGGGGAGGCUAUCUAUGCCUCUAAACCAUGGAGGAUACAACUGGAAAGGAACACGACGUCCGUGUGGUGAGCUUGUCCUCUGCUGCGUGCGGGAACAGGACAAGCCCCUCCCCAGCUGGCGUCUCCUCGGGUCCACAGUGUUACAAGCCAGGGUAGAAGCCAUCUUGAGGAAACCCCAAAGCUGUGCUUCUCCUGUUAAAUUUGUACCCC